UCGAUGAAGAGUACGUUUAUUCAGAAUGGCUACCAGGUAAACCAGGAAAGGAUAAGUAAGAACCUGCUAAUCUCUUUUUUGAUGAACAUCUUUUGGAUACCUGGUACGAAAUUCAAAGCAAUACUCCUGGAACAUCACAAGAAAUGUUUCUGAGAAGUCUUUCUCAAAUGUCUACUCAAAAUGGCCGGCCUUGUAAGCCAAGUUACAUCAAUCCAAUUCUGUUUUCUAAAGCCUAUGACGAGAAUAAUCUAAUGCGAUAUCGCAUUCAAAAUGAAGUACUUCUCUAUAAACCUGGUAUUUGUUGGGCGUGUGGAGAACACCCAAUUGCUCUUCACGUCGAUGGAAAUUUAAAGUGCUAUCGUUGUAUUACAGCUAAAGGAUUUGAAACCGAUCCUCUCUUUCAAGAUAUCAUGAUAGCAUCUGAUAAAGACGUUAAGGAAUUUUUGGAUCUCAUUAAUAAUGUCAUUCCGCCGCAGUCAAAAAAUAAAGAAAACUGCGGCGCAGCAGUUUACCAGGCUGCUAAAACAACAUCUUCAUCAAUGAAAGGUCUGGAUGAAACUGGUUUGCUCAUUAUGAGCUGCCGUCACGGGUGGGUAUGGAGGGCGCUAAAUUUGUUCAUGGGUGAAACAUACCGCUAUGUACUGUACUUACAUGAGUACGCUAAGGACAAGAAUGUCCGUUUCUUUUGUUCCGAUGUCGUAUGUCAGUACUGGAUUUUCCUUUUGAAAGUCACUCAGACUGAAGAACUAAGAGAAAGAUUUGAAGGUCUUAUUACUUUGACCAUAGACUUUCUCUCGCGAUGGCACGGGAAAACACACGCGUGAUUUUACCAACUACUACACCUUGGAUCUUACAAAAAAGGAGCUGGUGCUACUAGUGGUGAAAGUCAAGAACAAAACAAUGCACACACCAGUCGCUUUGUAACAACAACCAAACACAUGAGUGCAUCUCGAAGAAUAGAUACUUUUAGCGCUAGUUUUAUCAAAGAAAACUGGGGUAAGAUCCCUCGUAUGGUCAAAGGUAUCCUUAAAACGUAUCACACGGUAAAUUUCUUUCUGAUUUCUUUUCAUGUAGAAAUUUGUGUAUUACACUGCCAUUAUAGGUGACACUUAAAGAGAGUGUUAAUCAAAUUAUAGGCUAGGGUAAGUGUAAAAUGGUACCGCAAACAAACAUCCAAGCUGAUGGAUGCGCGACUUGAAAAGGUUAAUCUUCUGUGUGAAAAAGGCGCUUCUCUAAUUGAAGAG